UAUAAAACAGUCUGUGACAGUCGGUCAUGUUCAGCACACCGAGGGAGAGGGGAAACUGGAAACAGACAGAUCAUUCCUCCUACUCAAGACUAGCAGGAACAUACCAGGGGCGGCCUUUCUCUUGUUGCUCACUUUGGUCAGAGAACUUUUAAACGAAGAAAUGGAUUUUAUUGUGCCUCCCACCACAACAACUGGGGGUAUUUUAUGGGAGAAGGUUUUACCUCCUCGGCUGACCGGGUCUCAUGGUUAUUAUAACUGGUCGCCAUCAUUACUGAUUCCAGAGACCGAUAAUGUCAGUUCUGCAGAGGUCUACUGUGAUGACAUUGGAUUUACCGUUCAAGUUGAUGUAAAGCAUUUCAACCCAGAGGACCUACUGGUCAAAGUCGUUGGGGACUUUGUAGAAGUGCAAGGAAAACACAAAGAACUGAAGAAGGAGGGCCAAGGCUUUACAACACUGCAGUUUAACCGCCGCUACCGAAUCCCAAAGGGGGUAAACAUCAUGGCGCUGGAGUCAGCCGUCUCCCCUGAAGGCAUCCUCAUCAUAUCAGCGCCAAUGCUGCAGACUGAAAGCACAAGAUGCCUGACUUAACACAGAAGCCUUAGCCAUCCUCACCAUAUAAGAAAAUAAAAGGACAGAUUUAACUCGCCUCUGUACUCCUAGCAGCACACAGCGUGCCGAAACACCCAUUUAUUUUGUUCUGUUCCUGGCACUGUUCGGAUAUUCCCUGCUCUUUGUGGUUUGUAUAUACAGUACUCCUCUGGUGUUGCUCAUCACUGUACACAGUAUUUCAAGGAACCGCUCUUUGUAAAUAUUCCUAACUCACUGUUAAAGCUGCUAUGCUAGUGAGCAACUUUGUAAAUGCACUAUAUUGUAAUUGUGAUUAAUGCACACAGACAUAUUCCAAACUGUAUGUUGAAAUCCUAUGGCAUAAAUAAACUUUAUUUCAAUAUAAAAACGACAAAAAAACAACAGUAUGAUUAGUUCAAGCAGCCGGUUGCUCCUUCAGGGUUUCUUUCAGCAUCACGUCCACCUCUCUAACAGAAGAAAGAGCAGAAGUAAAGUUACCUUUAUCUGAGUCUUGUAAAAUUCCAAAAGUAUUCAAAAUAAAAUGAGGCCAGAAACAUGAA